AUGAAUGAGGGCCUCAAGCCGGGGGCUACAAUGUCCUCGUCUAUUGUCAACACCAUCAACACCAUAGUUGGAUCGGGUAUGUUGGUGCUUCCGUUUGCAUUUAAGACGGACUCUAUUGUUUUAGGAAGUGUACUAAUGAUAGUGGCCGCUGGUUCAAAUGGUAUUGGUCUUAUAGUGCAAGGAAUGUCCUCGAAGUUUAUUAGGCCUGGUUCUGCCACCUUUUUCUCUGUUUGUAUGAUCACCUUCCCAAGUCUCAGUGUAUUGUUCGACAUUGCUAUAUUCUUACAAUGCUACGGUGUUGCGAUCUCUUACGUUGUUCUAACUGGAGAUUUAAUGCCUUUGGUGUAUUCUAUUGAUGGCUGGAGCGCACAGCAAAUGAGGGUAUCAUACAUGUUACUCUCUACUGUGAUCACUGUACCAUUAUGCUUUUUGCACAAGUUGGAUAGCUUAAAGUACGCCUCUGUGAUAUCGUUGGUGGCCAUUGCUUACCUAAUGGUUUUAAUAUACGCUCAGUUUUUCUAUUCAUGGGGAUUAGGAUUCAAAAACGUUCCUGUGGAUAACCUGGGACCUGUUUCCUGGUUCCAACCCCGAGGUAUAAAGCCUGUCUUUAAAACCCUUGGUAUUAUCGUUCUUGCUUAUACUUGUCCUAAUGAGUAUGCUAUAGUUGCCGAAUUGCAACACCCCUCGAUGGCCAGAAUCUCUAAGAUUGUUUAUAUCUCUAUGGGAAUCAUUACCAUGCUUUUUCUUACAGUAUCGAUAUUUGGUUACUUGAACUUUGGAGAUGCCAUCAAGGGUAAUAUCAUUCUCAUGUAUGGAAAUGAUUUUUAUUCCACUUUGGGAAGGUUGUUACUUGUAUUGAUGGUUCUUCUAUCGUUCCCCUUGAUGUUCCACCCUGCAAGGAUCUCCUUCAACAAUAUAUAUUUUGCCAUAAAGACCAAACUAACAUCUAAGGUGUCUGAAGAUUUGGGCGAAGGUAGUCCAUUGCUUGGAGCCGUUCAGAUUGCUCAGCAACGUGCGACAGCUGAUGACGAGGACAAGGUCGAUGAAAGGGAUAUCGAGUUGCCGCCAUCGAGGUUCAUUUGGAUGACAGUUGUGCUAUUAGUUGCUGCGUACUGUAUUUCCGUCAUUUUGGAUUCCUUUGAGUUAAUUCUCUCAUUAGUGGGAGCUACCGGUGGGGUUUUGAUUAGUUAUGUCUUGCCUGGCUUUUACGGUUACAGGUUGAUAGAUACGGCGGACGAGAAAUUGUUGGCAAGAUUUGAUAAGUACGGGGGAAACGAAGAAUCCUCUUAUUGGCUUUUCAAGAGUAAGAAGUUGAAGUGGUGCUGUAUGAGUUUAAUUGUGUGGGGAUUGUUCAGUAUGGUGAUAUGCGUCUAUGCAAGUCUUUUUGAAUAG